AGGAGGGUCGAGCCGCCGGCAGUCGCUACUGUCUUGUAUUUGUUAGAGAUGUAUUUGUUAUUUGGCAACUCUUAGCAGCACCUAACGUAAACAAAGCCUUGGUUACGGGGUCAGGUCACUAAGAUCAGCGUUGACCGUUUAUAUAGACACAACGAUGGGUCGACGUGCCAAGGUUGCUGUGUGCACCCUGAACCAGUGGGCGCUGGACUUUGAGGGCAAUGCCAAAAGGAUCAUUCGAAGCAUCGAAGAGGCCAAACUGAGCGGCGCCCGGCUCAGGAGCGGCCCUGAGUUGGAAAUUUGUGGGUACAGUUGUGAGGACCACUUUUAUGAGAGCGACACCCUUCUGCACUCAUGGGAGGUCUUGAUCAACCUGAUUGAGCACCCUUCGGCUCAGGACAUCAUCGUCGACGUGGGGAUGCCGGUCAUGCACAAGAAUGUCACUUACAAUUGCAGGGUCAUCUUCUUUAACAGGAAAGUCUUGUUGAUUCGACCAAAAAUGAUGAUGUGUGAUGAUGGAAACUACAGAGAGUCCCGCUGGUUCACGCCGUGGAAGAAGAUUCGGGAGGUCGAGGAAUUUUAUUUGCCUCGAAUGAUCCGGCAGGUUACUGGCCAAGAAACAGUCUUGUUUGGAGAUGCAGUCAUUUCAACCAGAGACACUUGCAUUGGCUUUGAAAUUUGUGAGGAGCUGUGGAAUCCAAUGAGUUCUCACAUUCCGAUGGGAUUGGAUGGAGUUGAGAUUUUUGUCAACAGCUCAGGGUCGUACAUGGAGCUGCGCAAAGCCUAUGUUGCUGUGGACCUGAUCACCAUGGCCAGUUUGAAAAGUGGAGGGUGCUACAUGUUCAGCAACUUGAGGGGUUGCGAUGGCCAGAGGGUCUAUUUCAACGGCUGCUCCUGUGUUGCUCUAAAUGGAGGGAUCAUCUCCAGGGGUGCCCAGUACGACUUAAGAGAUAUUGAAGUAGUGGCGGCCACGGUAGAUUUGGAGGACAUACGCACCUACCGCAAUUCUCUGAGAUCAAGAUGCCAGGUGGCAGCCGGCAGCCCUUCCUACCCCAGGGUAAAAGUUGACUUUUCCCUUUCGUCUGAUGAUGCCUUAGGAUUGACAGUCCCCACCUGCAAAACCAUUACCUGGGAGUACCACCCUGCCGAGGAGGAAAUUGCUUUGGGCCCUGCCUGCUGGCUAUGGGAUUAUCUCAGGCGCUCUGGUCAGGGUGGAUACUUCCUGCCCUUGAGUGGCGGAGUCGAUUCUGCCAGUACAGCUUGCAUUGUGCACUCCAUGUGCCGUUUGGUUGUGAAUUACGUUCUCAGAGGAGACACUCAAGUUUUGAGCGAUGUUAGAGCUUUGGUGUCUGACCAGUCAUACACACCAACUGACCCUAAGGAGUUGUGCAGCAGGAUUUUCUUCACUUGCUAUAUGGCUACUGAAAAUUCUUCAGAAGACACAAAAAACAGGGCCGCUACGCUGGCAGAGCAGAUUGGAAGCUACCAUUUUGACAUUAACUUUAUGAGUGUGGUCAACGCUGUCCUGUUUGUCUUCAAAAGUGUCACAGGCAAAACUCCUUUUUACUCUGUCCAAGGUGGAACUCCGAGAGAGAACUUGGCUUUGCAAAAUAUUCAGGCUCGACUUCGAAUGGUUAUGGCUUACUUGUUUGCCCAGCUGAUGUUGUGGGUGAAGGGUCGACCGGGAGGAUUGCUGGUGCUCGGCUCUGCCAACGUUGAUGAGGCUCUGCGAGGAUACAUGACCAAGUAUGACUGUUCGAGUGCGGACAUCAAUCCAAUUGGAGGCAUCUCAAAAGGCGAUUUGAGGGGCUUUUUACACUACGCCAGGAGAAAUUUUGAUUUGCCAAUUUUGGAGGAAAUCGUUGGUGCUCCUCCCACUGCAGAACUCGAGCCUUUGGUUGGAAAGAAGAUUGCCCAGACCGAUGAGCAGGACAUGGGCAUGACCUACGAUGAGCUUGGUCAGUACGGGCGGCUGAGGAAGCAGCUGCACUGCGGACCGUUUUCCAUGUUCUGUAAACUGACCCAAACCUGGAGCAAGGAUUGCACUCCGGAAGAGGUGGCAGCCAAGGUGAAGCACUUUUACCGCUGCUACGCCAUCAACAGGCACAAGAUGACUGUCCUGACUCCAUCCUAUCAUGCUGAAACCUACUCUCCAGAUGACAAUCGAUUCGACCUGCGACCCUUCCUGUACAACAACAAGUGGACCUGGCAGUUCCGAGCAAUUGAUAAUCAAUUAAAGGAGUUGAGACUGUUAUCUACUGGAGGGGAGUCAAGCAAGAAGGAGUCUGGAGCAGUUCGCAAAUAUUCUACCAUGUCUCGUGAGAGUUCAGGUGAAAAGGAGGGGUCAACGUCUGCUUCAAGUUAGUAACCCACAAGGUGGUCCAUUUGGGAUGGUGACUUCAAAUCGUCCAGGUGGCGUAGAAGUUUGAUUUAUGUGGAGAGUGGCAGAGAGAGGAGGGUCAUCACAAAAAGCAACUGACUUCUAGAGUUUUGCACAAUCAGGUUUCCUUACUUUAAAAGUCUGUUUAAAUUACCACAGAAAAUAUUAUGAAUCAAAUAAUUGAUUAAUCCAGAGUUCCUUAUAAUUUUGCACAAAAUAAUAAUCAAAAAAUGGG